AUGCUCGGUCAGACGUACGCGUGGGCGCUGCGCCGCGUCUUCACGUUCGUCCUCAAGCGCGCGCUCGGCAGGCUCCUCCUGUCCGACCUGGACGCGGAUAACCUCGAGAUCGCGCUGCGAGACGGCGUCGUGCGCCUCGAGCGCGUCGCCGUCGACUGCGACUACCUCGAGCGCGCGACGGGAGAGGCGCGGCGACGACGCGGUCUGCGCGCGAAGCGCGCGAACUUGGGGUGGGUCCAGGCGACUAUACCGUGGCACGCGCUCGGCGCGAAGCCGUGCGUGUUCGAGCUGGGCGAGGUGGACGUCGCGCUCGCGCCGAGACGCGACGGAGACGCGAACGACGACGACGCCGACGCCGCCGACGACGACGACGACGCCGACGACGACGACGACGCGAGCGCCUCGCGCGGCGCGACGAACGACGGCGCGAAGAUGGUGAAGCGCGCGAUGGACGCCGUCUUACGCGGCGUGCGCGUCCGCGUCGUCGACGUCGCGGUGACGGUGGAGGACGACGACGCGCGCGCGCUCGCGACGCUGAGAGCCGACGUCGUCGAUUACGGCGACCGCGCCGCGGACGAGACGACGACGUCGACGACGACGACGAAAGACAAAGCGAUCGCGUGCGAAGGUCUCGUGCUCGAGGCGAACGGCCGCGUCGUCCUCGGCGGCGUCCGCGAAGACGACGACGAGGAGGAGGGUGAAAACGGCCUCGGGUUGGAUGUUUCCGCCGCGGCGUCGGUCGACGUCGACGGCGCCGCCGCCGCGCGCGUCGAGGCGACGACGGACCUUCGCGCGCGGUUCGGUCCCGCCGAGGUCGCCGCGCUCGCGCGCGUCGUCGCCAUGGCGACGACGACGACGACGACGACGACGACGACCUCGACCCGCCGCGCGGGGGCUGCCGCGACCGCGACCGCGACCGCGACGCGCCGCUCGACGACGUUCUUUGAGGACGUGUGCGACGACGACGACGGCGAAGACGCGUAUUCCGACGCGUUGCGCGAGAGCGUGGACGAGCUCUCUCGAGCCCUCGCGGGGGAAGACGGAACGUCGACCGACGCGGCGUCCGGAUCCGAGCGCGCGCGCCGCCGCCGCCGCCGCUCCCUCAGCGUCUCCGCGACGUUCCCGCGCGUCAGUCUGCACGCGCUGUACGAGGACGACGCGCGCGGCGAGAGCGACGACGACGCGGGGUGGGACGUCGCGUUCGUCGAAAGCGAACGGCGUACGGAGCAUCUCGACGUCGCCGUCGACGGCGUCUCGCUCGCUUUCGCCUCCGUGGACGACGACGACGACGCGACGACGACGACGACGACGCUGACGUGCGUCGCGGAGGGUUUCGACGUCGCGGAGUACCUCUCGAACCCGCUCGCGGACGGCGGCGACGCGCUGAGGCACGCCGGCGGCGGCGUCGCGGCGGUCGCGCGCGCCGUCCCCGUCCCGAUCGACGACGACGACGACGGCGGCGGCGGCGCGGCGGCGACGCCGCGGUGGCAGUUCCACCCGGAGCGACGCGGCGCGCUCGUGAAGACGCCGGUGGCGUGCGUCGCGAGAGGCGGCGGCGGCGGCGGCCGCGCGAUAGAGCUCGUCGCGUCGACGCGAGAAGACCGGGGUCCGUCACCGUCGCGCGUCGCCGCCGCCGUCGACGUCGCGCUCGCGCCGGCAUUUUUCUGGGUCGACGUCACGCUCCCCGACCGCCUCGCGUUGCUUCUCGACGCGGCGGCGACGCGGCAUCGCGAGGGCGACGCGACCGCGUCGUCCGGCGCGAUCGACGGCGACGGGUUGGAGCUCGAUCUCGAGUUCGCGUUGACGUGCGCGCGCGUCCGCGUCGCGCUCGCCGCCCCCGCCCCGCCGACGGACGCCACCGGUCCGCGGAUCGCGUCCGUCGUCGUCGACGCGCGAGCCGCGGCGCGCGCGGCGCUGGUGACCGCGGCGGCGGCGACGAGCGGCGCGUCCGGGCCCGUCGUCGAGCUCGCGUGCGACGCGAUCGACGUGCACGUGGUUCCGAACGCGCGCGUCGGCGGCGGCGCGGGCGCCGACGCGGGCGCGAGGGCGCUGCGACUCGAGGGCGCGGGCGACGACGUCGUGCGCGCGCGCGCGCGGUUCCAGUCCGCGUCGCGACGAGCGACCGGAGACGGCGUCGCGGACGCGGCGUUGCGAGAGAUCUCGCGGCGCGCGUCUCCGGAGGAGGAGGAGGAGGAGACCGCGACGGAGGCGCGUCCCAUACACUGGUCCCCAUACGACCGCGUCGGCGUGAACGACCUCGAGACGCGCGCGACGGCCGCGUCCGCGGCGCGCGCGGAACUGUUCGCGCCGACCGCGUCCGCGAGCGUUCGCGCCGGCGUCGCCCGCGCGCUCGCGUCGCUGUCGAGCGCGCUGUCGUCGCUUCCGGACGGUAACCCGUUUAAGAUCGCGCCGCCGCCGUCGGAGGCGACGGUGCCGCCGCUGACGGCGCGAUGGCGCGCGAACGAGUUCGUCCUCUCCUUCGACGCCCCGGACGCCGAGGGGAUCGACGACGACGACGACGGCGGUUCCCCGGAAGCCGCGUGGCGAGGGCCCGCGUCGUCGAUGUUCCAGUCCGCGAUGUCGUCGUCGACGAUACUCGCUCCCGAGGAGGACAUCGCGCGCGCGCGCGCGUCGUCGCCGUCGUCGUCCUCCACCUCCUCCCCGGCGGCGGCGCUGCGGCUCCGCGACGUCGAUUUUUUUCUCGCUUCUUCCCUCGCCGGCGUCCAGGGCGCUGACCUCGUCUCGCUGCGCGCCCUCGACGCGCGCGCGUCGCAUGAGCCCGCGGACGAGGACGCGGCGCACGAAGACGUCGUCGUCUUCGCGAAGCACGACGCGCACGUCGAGACCGCGGGCGUCGUCGUGAGGUACGCGAGGGCGCCGGGACGAGGACGCGCGGUGGACGCGAUCGCGUCGGGCGGCGCCGCGCUCUUCCGCGGCGGCGACGGCGAGGCGGUCGUCGACGCGCGGCGGACGUUCGCGCGCGCGGUGGAGGCGAUCGACGCCGUCGUCGCGGAGGUGGUCGCGUCGGCGGCGCGGGCGCGUCGCGCGGACGAUGAUGACGAUGACGACGUGGAUGAAACGCGCGAACGUGAACCGUUUUACGCGUUCGCGGAGAUUCGCGAGACGGCGGCGGCGUUCCUCGCCGGCGAGGGGACGACGACGACGACGACGCGACUCGGCGUCGCGCGCGUCGACGCCGCGCGUCUCGCGAUCGCGCCCGACGGCGACGGCGGCGCGACGCGACGCUCGCUCUCGAUCGAAGGUUUCAGCGUCCACCUCGCGUCGCCGACGGAGGCUGACGUCGGCGCCUCGGCACCGCGCGCGACGCGAAUGGUCGACAUCCCCGGGUUCCCGUGCACGCCGUCGACGCUCGCGGCGGCGGGGAUGGCUCAGGUCGCGCGCGAGCGCGCCUCGCGAGCGGAUCUCGCGGUCCGCGCCGACGGGACCGUCUCCGCGGCGGCGGCGCGCGUGACGCGGCUGAAGUGCGAGUUUAAGAAGGACUCGUUCGACGCCGCGGCGGCGCUCGCGGCGGCGAUGGCAUCGACGUCGCCGACGAAGCCGGAGACGCCGCCGCCGCGUCCGCACCCCGCGCGCCCUCGCGCGAAGAUUCGCGUCCGACCGAGCGACGCCGACGUCGUCGAAGACGCGUUCGCGAGAGGCUGGUCCGACCGCGACGUCGUCGCCGAGCGCUCUCGCGCGGGACGGACCGCGAAGACGCGCGACGACGCCAUCAUCGAGGACUACUACUCAUACGGCGGCGAACGCGCGGAGCGCUUCCGCCGCGUAGAGCGCGAACGACGCGCGCGGCGGCUCGCGCGAUCGACGACGCUUCGAGGGGAAACCCCGCCCGCCGCGGCGUGCAUCGUGCGCGGCGGCGGCGCGGGCGAAGACGCGAGAGUGGGAACACCGGAACCCGCGCGCGUCGUCGAGUCCUCCGUCGUCGUGAGCGUCGUCGCGCCCGCGGCGGCGACGGCGACGGCGCUCCACGCGUCGGUCCUCGCGUCGCGUCGCACGUCCGCGUCCGUCCUCCUCUGCGACGACGUCGACAUCGCGCGUAUUCGUCUUCCUCCGGUGGCGUGGAAACGCGCGCCGCCGCCGCCGGGUCGCGACGCCGACGACGAGCAACGCGCGACGUGGUUCGACGGAGGCCCGCCGUCGGCGGUCGACGUCGACGCGCCUUUCGAGCGCGCCGCGGAGAACGCGCGAAGCACGCGCGCCGGCGACGGCGGCGAAGCGACGACCGCGACGACGGUUCGCGUCGCUCGCGCGGAGUGCGUCCUCGCGAGCGGGUCGGCGUGGGGGACGGACGGAACUGAACCGUCGCGCGGACGAGAGGGCGUCAAGGUGUCCGUCGCCGGCGUCGUCGCGAGAAGGGAGGAUUUCGCCGCCGACGCCGCCGGCGCCGCCGCCGCCGUCGUAGCGAACCGCGCGACGGUAUCGAUCGCGGAGUUCUCCGUCCUACACCUCGCGACGACCGACGCCGCCGCCGACGCCGACGCCGCCGACCGCGCGCUGUGGAGGAAAGUCAUCGCGGUCGACGCGUCGAUCCCCCGCGAGGACGGCGCGCCGACGCUGCGCGCGGGACUGACCUUCGUGCGUCCGUGCGCCGACGCGGAGCUCGAAGCCCGCCUCCGCGUCGAGUCGCUGCCGCUCCACGCGAGGCUCGACCAGCGCGUCCUCGCGUUCGCGCGCGGGUUCGGGUUUAGGUCACCGGCGGCGUCGGAGGCUCCGAGCGCCGCGGACGGCGACGAGGUCGCCGCCGGAACGGCGUCCGGCGCCCCCCCGCCGCGGCCGUAUUUCCAAGUCGUGGACGUCAAGGCGCCCGGCGUUCGCGUCGAAUACGCGCCCCAGCCCGUGGACGUGAUCGCGUUGAAAAACGGCUCGAUCGCGGAAGUUUUAAACCUUCUCCCGCUGAGCGGCGACGUCUCGCUGUCGUUGCCGCGCGUCGUCGCGCGCGGCCUGAGCGGCUGGCACGCGGCGCUCGACGCCGUCCUGGCGCGUUGGCUCGACGAUGUGAGCGCGACGCAAGCGCACAAAUUCGCGUCGUCGCUCGCGCCCGUGCGCGCGGCGGCGGCGAUCGGCGAGGGCGCGAGAGCGCUGGUGACGACCCCUCUGGAGUUCAGACGCGCGGGAAAGCGCGGCGGCGCGUGGACGGGCGCGGCGGUGGGCGUCGCGAGGUUCGUGCGCGCGGUGAGCGUGGAGGCUUUGGGCGCGGGUGCGAAAGUCGCGAGCGGCGCCGCCGCCGUCGCGGGCGCGGCGGGAGCGGGCGUUCUCGCCGUCUCCCCGACGCCCCCCGAGCCGUCCGGCGUGCGCGAGGGGCUCGUCCAGGCCGCCGCCCGUCUCUCCCUCGGCGUCGACGCCGCCGCGCGCGGGGUGAAGUCCGGCCCGGUGAGGAAGUAUCGCGACGGCGCGCGCGCGGCGGAGGUGGCGAGGAGCGCGGCGGCGGCGGGCGCGGCGGCGGCGGCGGCGGUUGGGGUCGCGACCGCGGACGCGUUGCAUCGCGCGCUGCUGGGGGCUCGGAACCAGAUCAGGGGGAGGAGAUCGUCCAGAGCAGCCGGAGCCGAGGACGCGUGCGCGUACGAAGAGGAGGAGGAGGACGACGAGGAGGAGGUGUACGAACAGUAGAGACGAUUAUUUUUAGAUUCACACUCGAGAAGACUCGGGCGGGCUCGCGUUGUUA